GGAGCGCCACGGGAUCGAGCCACGCGUUCGCCCCUAGGAUGUAACACGCGCCCUGGCCGCCCUGGGUGCCCCCAGAUCUCCCAGAUACUCCGGAGCAGUCCGGAGCCACGAGGUCCGACGACGUGGCCCGACGAGGCCGCCUCGUUUCUGCCUGCGCAAGGGUUUAAAAAUAGUUAAAACAACGCGCCGACAAACCACAAAUUGCCUCGACUUGGUGCCCCUUGAAAUCGCUCGAAUGAGUCCCGUGUCCUCGCGGUCCUCUGCCUGAAGACAAGACCGAGCCCGGCUACGACACGCGCCACCUUGCCGAUUAUGGCUUCGAAAGUCACGCUCUCCCAGGCUCUGGGGACGGACGGGAGCGAUUACGGCCACCGGCAGAAAAUCGCGACGCACUACCAAGUCAGUGCGACAAACAAAUCAAGACUGAAGUAUUGUAUAUUUUUUCACUACCUGUUAUUCUUCGUCAUGCUCGCCAAACUGUCCGCGGACAUACUAGACCACCUGGAUAUAUUUAUCUUGGAAAUCGAAGAGCUGCAAAUACCACAGCCACUGUGGUGGGAAUACAUAUGGUGCACUAGUUUACUGUUGUCUUUUCUCGCUCUCUCCGCGAUUAAAAGGAAUAGGAUUAAAACACUGCAAAAAUACAUGAUAGGUAUCAUCUUGCUGGGCUACGGGCCGUUGAUUUAUGCCAUCGUGUACUACUUCAAGGAUGUCUGGAUAUAUUUAACCGUAGGCAAAACUGAGAACAUUCAUUUGUGGCAGAGUCUACCAUACGGCGUACUUUGGUACGCUUUUAUUCUUUUAGCCUCGCAGGUGCAUUGUUUCUCCCUGUACUUUUCGUGGAAUCUGCUGGUGGCGUGGAGAACACGAGGGGCCAAAAAACUGGAUUAAACUCGAGAGGCUGCUGUAACCAUCCACAAAUUAUGUAUUAUACAUCAAUUAUGGACGUAUAUUUUGGCACAUGUGAAUUUUGACCCUUAUUUAUUGUAUUUACGAUGGGAAGGAAAAGAUAUACAAUUGUUGUACAAGAAAUAACAUCCGAAAUCUGUAAAAAAAAACCUAUGCGAGAGAUGUAUAUAAAUGAAAGAGUAUCGUUGUAUAUAUGGGAAUAUGCACGCAUACACAAAUUAGAUUUGUAUUUUUUCAAA